GCUGCAGUGGAUGAGUUGAUAGUUCUUGACUAGAAACAGCUAAAUCUUUUAAUAUAGACUAGCUGAGUAUACACUUCUAGGUCUUUAUACACUGGGUGAUUUGCUUGGUCAAGCAGACAUUCCAUCUGUUGUUUCAUUGUAAAGCAGAAUGAUGCAGAAAAGCAUCCCAAGCAACCUGGACUACAGGCAUACUCUGUUGAGGGCUUUUUAGUUCUGAGGAACAUACAAACUUCAUUCUACAUGGUUGGCAAAAAGGAUUUGGGUACUAGGAACGUGGAUGUUUGGACACAAGCUCUUUUUCAAAUGUGAUAUAAAACAUUACCCUACUGAAGAAUAUCCAGCUCUACAGAAGUGACAUGAACGCUACAGAUUGUACCCAUUCAUUGAUAUCACAAAGAGAUGUGGGCAAUUUGUCUGACUUGGUAGUCAGUCAAGUCUAUUACACGUAUCCCGAAAAAGCAUUUCUCCCACUUCAACGGGAAAUAUUAAUGUUCCUAUUUCCCACUCUGGCCUGUUUUAUUGCUGCCAUUUUGGUAACACCUCCAAUAUUGUUCUCCAUCUUUACAAACUUCAGUAUGCGUCAAGAAACUCGGUUCCUUCUCCUGGGGAAUUCUUUAAUUUUUGAUCUACUAUAUCUAUUUCUAUACACAGGACUCAGCAUCUACAACACAACAAGCAUGCAGAUCCCCAAAAAUAUUUGUGCUUUUCUCCUUUUCUCCCUGGCUGCAGCCUAUGGUGGUGGAGUCCUUACAGCAGCAGGAAUGGUGGUGGACACCUACUUGGCGAUAUUAUGGCCUCUGCAUUACAUGAUACUUCUACCUCCAUCAAGAACUAAGAAGCUUAUAACUUUCCUGUGGUUCUCCUCAUGCUUCUUUUCAGGAAUUGUGUUUUUAGUAUUGCACUUCACUCAGAAAACAGAUCCAUGCCAACCAGAAUACUGCUCUGUGCCUGUCAUACUUUUAAUGACAUUACAUGGGGACAAUACAAUCCGACUGUUUCAUAUUCUUUUUAUUGCUGUAUUUCUUUUAUGCUUUUCAACAAUCUUAUGCUGUUACUUAUUCCUGUGCUAUAAAACAAGAGAGAGUGGCUUAUGGAAGGGGGUUUAUUCUAGAGCCAAUGUCACAUUUUUGAUGCAUCACAUCAUAUUAGGGUCCUACUUCUGUCCACUUCUCCUUCUCUUGGCUGCAUCUCUCUUAUACUUAAAUCAAAUUAUAGAGCUAGAGACAGGAAUGCUGAUUACUUUAAUCAUCUGUGAUGUUCUGAUAGUCUUGCCAAAGGGUAUUUCUCCUUAUAUGUAUGGGUUUAGGUAUAGAGAGAUUUAUAGAUCACUUCGGCUAUUUUGUAAAUUCAAACAGCUUAAACUUGUAGUACCAGCUCAUGGCUUUACUUAGGAAAAGUUGGCGGUUUGUAAGAAAUAUUGGUAGAGUGGAAUUAUUCACUGGUUUUGUUUUACAACUCGGGUAUUGUAGCUCUGCUUUGCCAACCUUGGUGUCUAAUGUCUUGUCUCUAUGGCUUACCAUAAUAUAGUGUGCCAGUAAGACCAUCUUGUAACAGCCUUUGCAGGGAAAGCAGAUCAGAAGACUCAAACACAGAGAUCAUCCACUGGAGCCCUUUCAGACAUACAAGAAACCAGUAAACUAUUCCACUCAAAAGUAUGAGUUUGAGUUUUGAGAAACUGACCCUUUAAAUCCACACAGCUGGUAAACACCUUAAUAAUGUAAGUACUUUUCUAUUUAUAAUGAGGUGUCUCUGGUCUUAUGGUAAAUCUUUGUAGAUAAUUGAUUAUAGAUGCCAUCAUCUACUUGGGAUAUAUACUGUAUAAAUAAAAUGUAUAACUUGUAAAUAUACAGGCAGUACAUAAAAUGUCCUUAUCUAGGGAGGGUUUAGAACAUCACUUGCUCUCUGUCUCUUCCUAAUCCUUACCAUCCGUUGCCUAUGUCUAAUGCCCCUUUUACACUGAGGCAGUUUUCAUGCGUUCUACCGCUAAAAAUAGUGCCUGAAAACUGCCUCACGUUCAUUUGAAUGUGUGCUUUCAGUAGAAAAAGUCCUGCAAGCAGCAUCUUUGUUUGGAGCGCUGUAAAUAGCACUCCAAAAACACCCCUGCCCAUUGAAAUGAAUGGGCAGCGAUUUGAAAGUGCUGAAGAACGGGACAUUUUGGGGUUUUUGAAAUGUCACGUUAUCACGUCACCUUUAAAAAAGCAACUCGCUAGUGCCAGAAAAGUGCAGCUAAAAUGCAGCUAAAGCACCGCAAAAACAACCAGCAUGUCAGCGGCUGUUUUCGCAGCGCUUCAGUGUGAAAGGGGUCUUAGUGUUGACAGGGCAGGAAGUAAGGAAAGAUCUCACUGAUAAGGACACAGAGAACAAAAAUGUUGACACAUGUUUCCCACACUGUUGACAAUUAAAAAAAAAAUAGUUUUGGCUGGAGUUGGGGUAUUUUUACUGUUCAUCUCAGAAGAAUAUAAUUUCACCAUAAAAAAACUACAAAUUAACAUAAUAUCAUCAUGAUUGUUACUGGAGGCAAAUCAUUUAAGAGAUGUGUGAGAGAUGUGUGAGGUGGAAAAAAUUUCCCAACUUUAUAGAUGGAAGAAAAUAUAGAACACUAAUGCCCUGUACACACGAUCGGUUUGUCUGAUGAA